CCCCCACCCCUCCCUCAUCGCCUCAGCGGCCGCAGGGCGGGAUCAGGCAGGGAGGAGCCGCCCCGCUCCCCGCCAACAUGGACGGGGCCGGGGCGCAACCUCCUCCCGGUAGCUUCUAAACCUUCCGCCGCGGUUUGGCGGUUGAGUCGCGGUAAGGAGAAGGAGGGGGAAGUUUUAUCCCCCCGCCUCUCCCAGAGGGAGCCGCCGCCAUGGACGAGCAGAGCGUGGAGAGCAUUGCUGAAGUAUUCCGAUGUUUUAUUUGUAUGGAGAAAUUGCGUGAUGCACGUCUGUGUCCUCAUUGUUCCAAGCUCUGCUGUUUCAGUUGUAUUCGGCGCUGGCUGACUGAACAAAGAGCUCAGUGCCCUCAUUGCAGAGCCCCACUGCAGCUACGAGAGCUGGUGAACUGUCGUUGGGCAGAAGAGGUCACCCAACAGCUCGACACACUUCAGCUCUGCAACCUCACAAAGCAUGAAGAAAAUGAAAAAGACAAGUGUGAAAAUCACCAUGAAAAGCUCAGUGUUUUCUGCUGGACCUGUAAGAAGUGCAUCUGCCACCAGUGUGCACUUUGGGGAGGAAUGCACGGAGGACACACUUUUAAGCCACUGGCAGAAAUCUAUGAGCAACACGUCACAAAAGUAAAUGAAGAAGUGGCAAAGCUGAGGAGAAGACUCAUGGAACUUAUCAGUUUGGUGCAAGAAGUGGAGAGGAACGUGGAGGCCGUGAGGAGCGCCAAGGAUGAGCGAGUCCGGGAAAUCAGGAAUGCAGUGGAGAUGAUGAUUGCCCGGUUAGACACUCAGCUGAAGAACAAGCUUAUAACACUAAUGGGUCAAAAGACAUCACUUACUCAAGAAACUGAACUUCUGGAAUCCCUGCUUCAAGAAGUAGAACAUCAGUUACGAUCCUGCAGUAAGAGUGAGUUGAUAUCCAAAAGCUCAGAGAUCCUGAUGAUGUUCCAGCAGGUUCAUCGGAAGCCUAUGGCCUCAUUUGUCACUACUCCUGUCCCCCCAGACUUCACAAGUGAAUUGGUUCCAGCCUAUGACUCAACUACCUUUGUCUUGGAAAACUUCAGUACGUUGCGUCAGCGAGCUGAUCCUGUCUACAGCCCACCUCUUCAAGUGUCAGGACUCUGCUGGAGGUUAAAAGUUUAUCCAGAUGGAAAUGGAGUAGUAAGGGGCUACUACCUGUCUGUGUUCUUGGAGCUCUCCGCUGGAUUGCCAGAGACAUCCAAGUAUGAGUACCGUGUAGAAAUGGUUCACCAAUCCACCAACGAUUCCACCAAAAACAUCAUUCGAGAGUUUGCCUCUGAUUUUGAAGUUGGGGAGUGCUGGGGCUACAACAGAUUCUUCCGUUUGGACUUGCUGGCCAACGAGGGCUAUUUAAACAGGCAAAAUGACACUGUCAUCCUCAGGUUCCAGGUCCGUUCCCCAACCUUUUUCCAGAAGUGUCGAGAUCAGCACUGGUACAUUGCUCAACUGGAAGCAGCUCAGACAAGUUAUAUCCAACAAAUAAAUAACCUUAAAGAAAGGCUUGCAAUUGAGCUGUCCCGGACUCAGAAAUCCCGAGGCAUUUCCCCUCCAGACACUCAUCUCAGUCCCCAGAAUGAGGAUGGGUCUGAAACCAGAUCCAAGAAAUCUGGACAAAGCACUGAAGUGCUGCUUGAGAAUGUUGCUGCUCCAGGAUUGGUGCGAGAUAGCAAGGAAGAGGAGGAGGAGAAGAUCCAGCAAGAAGACUUGAAUCAUGAGCUCUCUGAUGGUGACCUGGAUAUAGAUCUUGCUGGAGAAGAUGAGGUGAACCACCUUGAUGGAAGCAGCUCUUCAGCUAGCUCAACAGCAACCAGUAACACAGAAGAAAAUGAUAUUGAUGAGGAGACUAUGUCUGGAGAAAAUGAUGUGGAAUACAGCAGUAAUAUGGAGUUGGAAGAAGGAGACCUCAUGGAGGAUGCAGCAGCUGCUGCUACUUCUGGAGCAUCAGGUUCUAGCCAUGGCUAUACCAGUGCAAGUGGAAGAUCUUCAAGGCGGGGAGGAAGUGCCCUGGGCUCAACAGCCAGUAGCAGUUUACUAGAUAUAGAUCCCUUGAUUUUAAUCCACUUGUUGGACCUAAAAGACAGAAAUAGUAUGGAAAACCUUUGGGGCCUUCAGCCACGACCACCUUCAUCUCUUCUGCAGAACAGAGCAUCAUCCUAUUCCCUGAAGGAUCGGGAGCAGCGCAGGCACCAGGCAAUGUGGCGUGUGCCACCCGACCUGAAGAUGCUGAAAAGACUGAAAACUCAGAUGGCUGAAGUUAGAAGCAAGAUGUCUGAUGUGAAAAACCAACUCUCAGAAGUGAGAAGCAGCAAUGCUGGCUCCUCUGAUGGACAGCCUAGCUUCUUCUCCAUUGAGCAAGGUGCUUUAGCUGCCUGUGGAACAGAAAGCUGCAGCAAGCUGCAAGAAAUAGGAAUGGAACUACUGACAAAGUCUUCUGUUACCAGUUGUUACAUAAGGAAUUCUGCAAGUAAGAAGAGCAAUGCACCCAAACCCCUUCGCUCAGGAGCAGCUGGCAGCCUGUCCUUACGCCGAGCCAUGGACUGUGGGGACACCAAUCUUCGUUUAAAAGGGGACAGUCAGGCUGCUGAAGGUGGAGUAGGGAAUUCCAAGCUGAGCAGUCGACACCACUCAGCCAGGCCCCUGGCUAACAGCAACGUUUCUGAGGCACUGCCCAAGCCAGAGGAAAGACCUUGUGAAGGUUCAGAUGGUGAUGUGGGAGUUUCUGGCUUAAAUGGCUUAGCUGCUGUAGAGAAGACCAGAAAAGUUGGAGCUCUAGGAUCAAAUUCUAAAGGAUGUCGUACAGAAGGAGCACAGCCAGGUGGUCUGGAAAACAGCUCUGAAACUGGUGAACUGCAGGGUGUUCUUUCUGAAGGGGCUUCUGGAGGGCCAGAAGAAGCCGGGGUAUGUCAGAAGCAUGUCCUUCAUCUCCUACCAGGGAUGAGCAGCGACAGUGACAUUGAAUGUGACACAGAAAACGAAGAGCAGGAGGAUGCCACUUCUGUCUCAGAGAGAUUUAACAAUGCCUUCUCUGUCCCAUCCUCGAGUGAAGCCUUGGAGCGGUGCUCAGCGUUCACAGAGGGUGAUCAAGUGGGUCCUGAUGAUCUCAGCUUUGUGACUGGAGAAGACAGCACCAGGUAGAGGAUGGGCUUGGGGCCUGAAGACCUGCUGGCUUGUGUCCCUGGGAAGAGGUGGUGCAUUUAUUCCCAAGGCUGGUGUUGGUGGUUGUGUGAACACUCCAUUCUGUCAACUACCCUCAUGUGGUUCUUCUGCAGUUGUCUUAAACCUGUUACUGGGGCCAAGUGACCUUUGAAAGCUUUACACUGAAGGUUGCAUUCCUGCUGGCUCUGCCAGCUUCAGAUGCUCUGAUUAAAAACAAAAAUUGCCCAAAAGGUGCUGGAGCCCCCAUUUUAGGAUGUGUGUCCUGUUGUAUCACUGGGAGAGCUGCAAAUGUGUCAAUGGCCUCAUUUUAAACGGGAUGGACUGGUCGUGCCUCUGCUGAGCCCCACAGAUGCUGUGGAUUGAGAGCUGGGGGUGAGUAGCUGGCACUGCAGUUGUUUUUUUCCUCACUGGACCAACCCAUCACAUUGCCAAACUCUUUGCCACUGUGUGUUGCAUUUUUGAGCUGCUAAACUACUUGUGAAGCUACGAGGAGAGCUGAAUACCUGGCUAGUGACAAAGCAUGAGUAGCUGUGAGCAGUAGUUGUCCUUGUCUCAGCUGGCUGUACUGAUGUUUGUUUCUGUGAGAAUGUCCCACAGUGGAAGUGCUGUACAACUCAUAGUUUAAACCUGUUUGCACUUUGUUAAUAAAAUGAAUGUUGAACUCUGGUGUGAAGUUCCAGAUGUUUUUGUGUAACUAAGGCUAGAAGCAGUCUGAGCAGCACCUGCUACCAGGCUGGGCUUGCUCCUUAGUGCUGAGUGGCUGUAACAGCUGAUGGCUUAGUGAGGAGCUUUUUGCUGCCCUACACCUGUCACUCUUUUCCUGAAUUCUGCAGUGAAUUGUGCUUAAUUCUGUGUGGCCUUUUUAAACCUGUGGUAGCUUUAAAUGCUUAAAUCUCCUCUGCUCAAACAGGAACUGAGGAGGAUCCACAGCUUCUGCCCCAUCCUCUGGUUCUUCACUUCUCAGCUGGAGGAGAGAGGUGCAGCUCAGAGCUGUGUGCUCUGGUAGUGUGUGUUUACUGUUGUGCAGGGCUGCAUGUUGAUUAUCAUGCACAGCUCAAUUAGCAGUAAUCAUGGAGCUCUGCCUCUUCAACUCUCACAGAUGCUUUACUCUUAAUAGGAGGCCCAAGCUGAAGAAAAUGAUGUUGAUUAGGCACAGCAGCUCUUCAGGAGCUGGUGUCCAGCCUGUGCAGGGCCCAACACUGAGCCAUACCAUCAUGCUUUGCUCACCUUAUGAAGAACUUGUUAAAAACCUCAUGUAUAUAAAUAAGAAGCAGGCUUGGGAGACUUAUUUAUCUAAAUUAACUUAUGUUGUGCCCCAAAAGCCCCUUCCCAGGUCCUGAGUAACCACAUGGGCUCACAGUGCUGAACAGUGUCAUUUGCUGUUACACACAAUGCAAAGGAAAUGGACUUUCACCCCAGUAAAGAGACUUAAUUCAGAUGUUUGCUGGUUUUGUGAGCUUUUAAAUAAACAGACUAUCUGAA